AUGGGCCAAAACUUGAUCCUCAAUGCUGCAGACCACGGAUUCACUGUUGUUGCCUACAACAGAACUGUGUCGAAGGUGGAUCAUUUCCUGGCCAACGAGGCCAAGGGCAAGUCCAUUUUGGGCGCCCACUCGGUCGAGGAGCUGUGUGCCAAGCUCAAGAGACCUAGAAGAGUCAUUUUGCUCGUGAAGGCCGGCGAUGCUGUCGACAGUUUCAUCCACCAAUUGCUGCCUCACAUGGAGAAGGGAGACAUCAUCAUUGACGGCGGUAACUCGCACUUCCCAGACACCAACAGAAGAUACGCCGAGCUGAAGGAGAAGGGCAUCUACUUUGUUGGUUCUGGUGUUUCCGGAGGAGAGGAGGGCGCCCGUUACGGUCCUUCCCUGAUGCCCGGAGGAGCCCCAGAGGCCUGGCCACACAUCAAGGAGAUCUUCCAGUCGAUCGCCGCCAAGAGCGACGGCGAGCCAUGCUGCGACUGGGUCGGAGACGCCGGAGCCGGCCACUACGUCAAGAUGGUCCACAACGGUAUCGAGUACGGUGACAUGCAGCUGAUCUGCGAGGCGUACGAUCUGAUGAAGAGAGUCGGCGGCUUCAGCGACAAGGAGAUCUCCGACGUGUUUGCCAAGUGGAACAAGGGCGUUCUGGACUCGUUCCUGGUCGAGAUCACCAGAGACAUCCUUGCCUACAACGACACCGACGGCACCCCAUUGGUCGAGAAGAUCCUGGACUCUGCCGGCCAAAAGGGUACCGGAAAGUGGACUGCCAUCAACGCCUUGGACCUGGGCAUGCCUGUCACCCUGAUCGGCGAGGCCGUGUUUGCCAGAUGUCUGUCUGCGCUGAAGGAGGAAAGAGGCAGAGCAAGCACCCUGCUGGCCGGCCCUACCAGCGCUCCAAAGAUUGCUGACAAACAGGCGUUCGUCGACGACCUCGAGCAGGCCCUGUACGCCUCCAAGAUCAUCUCGUACGCCCAAGGAUUCAUGCUGAUCAGAGAGGCCGCCAAGGAGUACAACUGGAAGCUCAACUUCCCAUCGAUUGCUUUGAUGUGGAGAGGAGGAUGCAUCAUCAGAUCCGUUUUCCUGGGAGAGAUCACCGCUGCCUACAGAGAAAACCCAGACCUGGAGAACCUGCUGUUCCACCCAUUCUUCAACAAGGCCAUUGCCAAGGCCCAGGCCGGCUGGAGAAAGACGCUCGGCGUUGCCAUCGAGGCCGGUGUUCCGACCCCGGCCUUCUCGACCGCUCUGUCCUUCUACGACGGGUACAGAUCCAAGCAGCUGCCAGCUAACCUGCUGCAGGCCCAGAGAGACUACUUCGGAGCACACACCUUCAAGAUCCUACCGGAGUACGCCACCGAGGACAGAAAGGUCGGCGACUUCAUCCACAUCAACUGGACCGGUAAGGGUGGUAACGUGUCUGCCUCCACUUAUAACGCUUAG